AAAAAUGGGGAGAUAUCCAUGUUGUAAAGUUGAUGAAGAUUUAAAGAAGGGGCCAUGGACAAGUGAAGAAGAUGAAAAAUUAGUGGAAUAUAUUAAAGAAAAUGGACAUGGAAAUUGGCAAUUAAUACCUAAAAGAGCAGGAUUAAAUAGGUGUGGCAAAAGUUGUAGAUUAAGGUGGACUAAUUAUUUAAGGCCUGAUAUUAAAAGAGGAGCUUUUUCAGAAGAAGAAGAAGAAAUUAUCAUCAACCUUCAUUCUCUUCUUGGAAACAAGUGGUCAAAAAUUGCAUCUCAUCUUCCGGGAAGAACUGAUAACGAAAUCAAGAAUUUAUGGAAUACGUAUCUCAAGAAAAAACUUCUCAAAUCAGGAAUUGAUCCAGUAACACAUCAACCAAUAACUGAUCCAAAUUUACUUCUUAGCCUUUCUAAUUUGAUGAACCCUUUUGAAUCUGCUCUUAGAUUACAAGCUGAAUUGACAGAAAUAGCCAAAAUGCAUAUUAUUCAAAAUAUAAUUCAAGUCCUAAAUACCCCUCCUCCUACAUCAAUUCCAUCUUUACAAGAAAAUAAUUACCCCAUGCAACAAUGUUACAAUAAUAAUAUUAUUGCUCCAUAUGACCAAAUUAUUACUAAUGAACCUUCUCCAAUUUCAAAUAAUUUAUCGGACAAUAAUAUGAUCGAAAAUUCGAGUGCUUUUGAGAAUAAUAUGAUUAAUAAUGUUGAUUAUAAUUCAGAAUAUUCAUCACUUCCUUCACUAGUUCCAGUUACACCUGAGAAUUCAGUACCAUUUGAUCAGCAGAUUAUUGAUAUGAUUAAUCCCACUUAUUAUGAUGAUUUUUGUGAAUUGGAAAAAGUUCUGGAUGAUGAAGCAAAUAUUAUUUGAAGAUUUUAUUUUUUGAAUUAAUUGUGAUUGUGAUGUUUUAGUGUAGAUAUAUGUAGACAUGUGAUGCACCUCCAAUUUUAUGUUGAUUUUUGUAUAUCUUUUUUAUCUCUCAAUGUAACCCUUCUCUUGUAUACCAUUUAACUCUUUUGUUUAGAUAUUAAAAUGCUCGAAGACAUA